GAAGCCCGGAGCUCCAUCUGCACAAAGCAUUCAUUAAUUUCGGUCCGAACGCUGAGUUUCGUUACAUCGCUGAGUUCCGAUUCAUCUCCGAGUUCAAGGUGAUGGGGAAUUGCUGACUGCAAAAGAGGGGCCACAGAAAGGACCUGAGCUGGGACUUUGGGCUUGUGCUCAGACCUGAUGAAAAUUUUUCAAAAAUCUGGUGCCAUACACAAACUUUUAGAAAGGAAGGAAUCAACAGAAACAAGGUUGAGUUGUUGGAAGAAUCAAACAAAAAGGGGAUUUUAGCUGUUUUGAUGGGUUUGGAGGCCAUGUUGUGAUGUCAUUAUUCUGUAUUGUUAUUCGUGAGCUUGAAGAGAUUGUAUCCAUGGCUUCAUCAAAGAAAGUGAUCACGAGAGAGGAGUGGGAGAGAAAGCUCAAUGAUGUAAAGAUUAGGAAAGAAGAUAUGAACAAACUAGUGAUGAAUUUUCUUGUCACUGAGGGUUAUGUUGAUGCUGCAGAAAAGUUCCGAAUGGAAUCUGGAACAGAACCAGACAUAGAUCUUGCAACAAUAACAGAUCGCAUGGCUGUUAAGAAGGCAGUACAGUGUGGGAAUGUUGAGGAUGCAAUUGAGAAAGUAAAUGAUUUGAAUCCUGAGAUAUUAGAUACAAAUCCCCAACUAUUUUUCCAUCUCCAACAGCAAAGGUUGAUAGAACUGAUUCGGAAUGGAAAAGUAGAUGAGGCUCUGGAGUUUGCUCAGGAGGAGCUCGCACCAAGGGGAGAAGAAAAUCAAAGCUUUUUAGAAGAGUUGGAAAAGACUGUUGCGCUGUUGGCAUUUGAAGAUUUCUCUAACUGCCCUGUUGGUGAACUCCUGGACAUAUCACAACGCCUGAAGACAGCAAGCGAGGUGAAUGCAGCCAUCCUUACAAGCCAGAGUCAUGAAAAGGAUCCAAAACUUCCCAGUUUGUUAAAGAUGCUGAUUUGGGCCCAGAACCAACUUGAUGACAAAGCUGCUUAUCCUCGCAUAAAUGAUUUGUCUACUGCCAGGCUCGAAGAUCCUGCUGUGUGAAAGGUGAGGAAGGUUAUUCUAAGAGGUAUUCAGGUUUGAGCAAAAUGUAAUUGAAUGGAAUGGAAAUUCAUGCAUGUACUUCUAUUUUAGAAUCAAUGUUGCUACUUUGUCCCCUCCAUAUUCCUUUUAUGAAGCUUUGGUUGUUAACACUGUCUCCCCCCUCAAAAUCUGUUCACUGGUUUUGAGUACUUGUACAGAUGACUGUCAAUGCUCUUCCCUCUCUUUUGAAUGUUAAGACUGCAGGGAUUCCUAUUGUUAAUGUGAAGCAAGACUAUUGGGAGAAUA